AUGUUCCAGUACCACAGUGAGAUGGGCAUCCAUGAGAGAGAUCAGAAAAAAUGGGCGCUGAUCCGAAAUGUCAACCAAGCGCUGAAAGUCCAUCCGCUUUUGUCGGGGGAUUAUGUAUGGAUGGACCUCAGGACCAGACGGGAAUUCGAUGUUCCCAUCGGAGCGGUGGUCAAGCUAUGUGAUUCCGGACAGAUCCAGGUCAUCGACGACGAAGGAAAUGAGCACUGGGUCUCUCCUCAAAAUGCUGGCCACAUCAAACCGAUGCACCCGACUUCCAUUCAUGGGGUGGAAGACAUGAUCCGUUUGGGGGAUCUGAACGAGGCUGGCAUUCUGAGAAACCUUUUCAUCCGCUAUCAGGAGCGCCUGAUUUACACAUACACAGGCUCAAUCCUGGUGGCCGUAAAUCCCUACCAGCUGCUUCCCAUUUACUCCCCAGACCAGAUCCGUCUCUACACCAACAAAAAAAUUGGGGAGAUGCCCCCCCACAUUUUUGCCAUCGCGGACAAUUGCUACUUCAACAUGCAAAGGAACAACAGGGACCAGUGUUGUAUUAUAAGUGGUGAGUCGGGUGCGGGAAAAACCGAAAGCACCAAGUUGAUCCUUCAGUUCCUCGCGGCCAUCAGCGGUCAGCAUUCCUGGAUCGAACAGCAGGUCCUGGAAGCCAACCCCAUCUUGGAAGCUUUUGGCAACGCCAAGACCAUUCGCAACGACAACUCAAGCCGGUUUGGCAAAUACAUUGACAUCCAUUUCAACAAGCGAGGGGCGAUUGAGGGAGCUAAAAUCGAGCAGUACCUCUUGGAGAAAUCCCGCGUCUGUCGACAGGCUCGAGAUGAGAGAAACUAUCACAUAUUUUACUGCAUGCUGAAAGGAAUGAGCUCGGAGCAGAAAAAAAUGCUGGGACUUAGGAAGGCAAUGGAUUAUAACUACCUUUCCAUGGGCAACUGCAUUACUUGUGACGGUAGAGACGAUAGCAAAGAAUACUCCAACAUCCGGGCAGCCAUGAAAGUCCUGAUGUUCACCGACACGGAGAACUGGGAAAUCUGCAAACUUUUGGCCUCCAUCCUGCAUAUGGGAAACCUGCGAUACGAAG